CUUAAAACCAUUCUUCUAUUUGUUUAAAAUGGCAACAAAGGAUUAUGGAGGAUCGUUAUUAACAUGCUGUGUGCUUUUGCUUGCGUUGUUUGCCGGAGGUGAAAGUUUCGCGCCAAUGAGCAAGGAAAACUGUACAUACGCAGUUACAAUUGAAACAACAUGCACAAAAGGCGCUUCAACCUCAAACAACAUUAGCCUAAGAUUUGGCGACACAAAUUCUAAUGGCGUUUUGGUAAAGCACCUAAACUCCAAGCACAUAAGAAGGGUGGAUCCACUAGAACCCCAAGUCCUUGACGAUGUGCCUAGAAAACCAUUUCAAGCUUGUGUUGUGGAUCAGUUUCAAGUGAAGGGUCUAUGCGUUGACUCACCCAUCUGCUAUUUGUAUCUCAAACUGGCUGGAACUGAUGACUGGCGGCCUGGUUUUGCUCAAGUCCAUGUCAUGGAGGGAUCUCACUCUCAUCUUAGCUCUGAUUACUUCUACUUCCGCCGGUACCUGCCUCGCCGUGCUUGGCAUGGUUUGGAUGCGUGUGACAAAGAGGUCACUUCCUUUGGGAUUAAGCAAAAUAGGAAAGUCUUUGUAAAGAAACAAGGGAAACAUAUGUCCUUGCCAUGACUAACUUAUUAUUAGGUCGUCAUAUAUGGUAUGAAUAUGUCCUCAUUAA